CGAGCUGUGGUUCAUCGAGUUCGGUCGUGGGGCUGCGUUGCCCUUGACGCCAGAAGAAGCGCCGACGGAUGGCGAGCCGGUGGUGCCGUGUGCUCAGGGUCGAAUUGUUGUUGAAACAACUCACCCUGCACCCCCACAUUUUGCCACAUGUUCGACUUACCGACGUACGAUAACCGCAAAUGACGAAUCACCUCGUUCGACUGUGGAUCCGUCACCAAGUCAGUCAACAAGCCGAGGUGCAAUUGCCAGAAGUCUUUAUCAUCGUCAACAUUCGAUUAUGCCACAAAGUCCAGCAACCAGGCCAGAGGAUUUGCAAGUAACACCCUGGUAUGCAGAAGAGUCUUUCACAGAUUCCUGGACAUCAGGACCUGGAGACCAAAGCUCGUAUCCCUCUUUAUUCUUCUCCCGGAAUGAUAAGCAACUGCCGUCUAGGCCAGAUUUACGUUCAAUACGAGGAAGUAGUGGGGAAAGUGAUGCACUUGUUCCACGAACUAGUUCUUCAGCACCUAGGAAAGCUUAUAUGGAUCUUAGUGAUGCUAUAGCACUACUUGAUGAGACUUGCCCUAAUCCUGAUGCUAGUCCAUCGCUCACUCCGAGAACGCCUAGAACACCAUUAAAUUUAAACUCGAGAAAUAAGAGAGCACGUUCCAAGAGUAGUGAUAAUUCCUCAAAUUAUAGUAAUGAACGUUUGAAUGAUAAAUCAGUAGAAAGUAAAGAUCGUGAAAAGAGACGACCUUUCUUGAAAAAAAUUGGAAUAUCAAAAACAGAAGAUAGACCAUUCCUUUCAAAAAUAGCACCUAGAAUUACUGGUAAACCUUAUUUAGAAAAAAUUGGUCCUAGUAAAGCUUUAGAGCGGCCUUUCUUAGAUAAAAUUGGAUCGUCCAAGACUUUAGAUAAAUUUAAUUUUGAAUCUCUUAAAGAAAUACCGAGAGCGAUGAUGAGAAGAACUCAGACUAUUGUAGAGCCUACUUUAACUGAAAAAGCACGUACUGAAGAAACUAUAAAUGAUUCAAUUUUAGUUGUUGAAGAGGAAGAAAUACCAGAGAUACCAGAUACUUUUAAUAGUGUUGAAAGAAGACGAAGUGGGAAAGGAUUAUUAUUAAAAAUGUACUCUUUUGAGACUGAAGACCUAGAUGAUAUAUCUGUGAAAAAUCACCGAGAUCCUCUUAGAGGUUCAUCUCUAGACGAUGUUGUAGAUACGGGUCCAAGUUCAUUACCUCCCCUUGAAGAUGUACAUGAACCCUCGAGUCCUACUAAAUUGGAAGCCAGCUUUUCAGGAGGUGUAGAACUCGUCAAGUGUCGAGUUACAACUAGUGAGGAAAUAGUUUCUUCAAGCACUGGUUAUGCUGGUUCACCAAGAGCUGCAGCUAGUUGGAGUAAUUCUCCACGGUGGUCAACAAAACGGAAUGACAAGCCGUCCAUGAUUUUUAAAACACUCGAGCGAAACUUUAGCUCUAGGGAAAUAUCUUUAAGUGAUGAAGAAACUGUUCCAAAUUCGCCCACUAAGAGAAGAAUCUCUAAAGUAUCACCUGAGCCACAAAUGCCAAUUAAAGUUGUUCCUGCGAAAAGUAAAAAUUCCUCGCUACCACGAGAUUUGGAUGCUUCACCAACGAAGACUCGUCGACAGGCUUCAGAGGAGCCGCUAGAGAGUCAAAUUAAAAAUCCAGAGUUUGAGCAAUUGGCUAAAGUAAAGCAAAUGGAAGAAAAAACAAGGAGUGCUGAGUUAUUAGCCUUGAAAAGUAGACGGCAAACAUUUAAUGAAGCAUUAGAAAAAUUUGGUGGAACUGGCUAUGCUAACAGAGCUAGAAGACAAAUAUCUGAAGAUAUUCUAGACAAAUCUGAAGACAAAAAAGGCAGUGAAUAUGAAGAAUAUCAUGAACGACGUGGAAUUUCUUCAGAUAAUUUAAAGUAUUCCAGAGAAACUGUUGUUGAAUCUGCACCAUCAGCAUCGUCUCUUGGCUAUCAAAGUGGAAGUGAUUCUCCAUUUGCUAGUCAACGUUCAUCAAACAAUAGUCAAGACAUGUUAAAAGGUACAUUCAAAGGUCUUCAGGGUAAAUUCGAAGUUCAAGACGUUCCAGCAGAAAGUUAUGCAGCAUUUAAAAGACGAACGCGAACUGAAUAUCAAACUGUUACAGAGCGGUACAAGUUCAUUGCAAAAGAAACAAUAAGUCCAACUGUUCAAGUGAGCAAAGUUUAUGAGAUAAAAACAAAAGAUCCUAAAGGUCAAACUGAAGUUGUGUCUAAUUUAAAAUCAAAACCAAUUGAACAAGUGACAAGUAAAGAUGAUAGAAAAGAUACUACACAGACAGGGUCUACUAAGGCAGUGUUGAAAAAGCAAGAAGGUAUUGAUCAUUCAAAUGAAGAAGAGAUUACCGGGUCAUUUAGACGACGUCCACUGAGAAGAAUAUUUCAUGAGCCGUCCCAAGAAACGAUGGAUCUUCUUACAGAGUUAAAAAAAAUAAAGAGUUUACUCAGAACACCUUCAGAGGAAACAAAAGACUGGGAACUAGAUUGUUUAAAACCAGCUCGACUUCCAAAGAAAAUUUCAUUAUCUGAUAAGGAGUUUUGUUUAUCAAUAGAGCGAGAAAAUAGCAUUCGUCGUCCUUCGAUACUGAAGUUCGAAAAUGAAAGUAAAAAAGAACCAAAGACUGUUAUAAAUCAGGAGAAAAAGAACGAAGAGCAACCAAUAGGCCCAGCGUUAUUUGAAAAACGUUGUUUAUCUUUAGAUUACGCUGAUGAUGCAAAGCCAACAAGGCCUGAAGUACGAACAAUAUCUCUUGUGUCAGCGAGAACACCUAGGUCAGGGACAGAUGAAACAAUAGAUUCAUUCGAUCCUGGUAUACUUUAUGAUUCCAAGAGCUGUCUUUCUGAUGUUUUCACUCCACCAAGUGAUGAAACUGACAAUAACAUCACUAGUCCAGUUAAACAAACAACAAAAAAUAGCGCUAAUCAUUCUUCUGAAGUAGACAUUGCGAUUCCAGUGGAUCAAACAGGGUCUGCAAGUCCCAAGAAACGAGCUCAGAUUCAAGGUAGAACAAGUGAUCUUUAUGAAAUAAUUUCUCCAAGAUCUACUCCGUUUAGAGUGAAAAAACGACUUGGCAGGAUAUCUGUUGAAGAAUCUGUUAAACCAGAGAGCUUUACAAUUGAUAAAGUCGACUGUAGGUCAGCUGUGACACAAAAAAAGACCAAGUGCUUCCCUUUGUAACCCAUGCCGUUACGCCUGCGACGGCCGGGCUAAUUUUUUUCAAUUGUAAAAACGCAGGCCCCCCUGGACCAUUUUUGUAUUUUCUUACAAGUGAAGGAAAUAACGACUUUGUCCUACUUUUAUUGUUUUAUUUUUGUAUAGAUCAUGAAGUGGGUCUAUGUAUUAUUUUUAUUCAUUGUAAUCUUUGCAAUUAAGCAAGAAAUAUUUUGUAAUGUUAAUAAUUAUUUUGAUGAAUAUUUUAAGAAUUUAUUUGUGACAACUGUCUUGCACUUAUUGUGUCUAAAGACAAAAAUUUAUUUGUUUUAUAUAAAGUAGAAUUAAGGAGAAAAGUUGCAGAGUUAAAUAUUUCAAUGAAUUUAUUGUGGUUGAUAAAAAACAAUCCUGCAACUAAAAAUAAUGAAUUCCUGUGUAUAUAUAUAUUUCGUGAACGAAUAUAAAUUUGUUCAUUACUUUUUUUCUUUUUUUUUUUUUUGUAAAGCUGAUGAUGAUUGAUCACUCAGUUGUUUUGCAAUUUCAUUCAUUGAUGAAAUACACUUUUCUAUAGAUCAAUUUAUUGUAUUAUAAAAUAACUAUGAAAAGCGAGAAAAAAAAAUUAUAUAGAAAAUACAAACGUUUCCUACUAAGUAAUUAUUUGUUAGUCAUGUCAAGGAAAAAAUAUUAUUUGCCCGGAUUUAAUCAAUCCAUCUAUAGAAUUCAUUUAAAAAAAUUUACGUACAUCUAGGCGGGUACUCGUUGUUAAGAAUUGCUAUUUAGUGUAAAAUAGAAAGAAAAUAUAUUAAAGCAUAGAAUAUCUAGAUAGUUCAGACAUCAAAUCGAUAUUAAAUGAGUGAUUUUAACAACGUGAACCCACAAAUUUUUACGAACAGUGCCUUGUUCAUGGAUAUAUUUCUUUAAAAAAGAACAAAUUAAACCAACGACAUUUUAUUCCUAUGCGGGCCGGAAUUUGAAAUGGGUCCACAUGGAAUUGCAAUUUUGAUGAUAGAAUAUUUUUUCGCGUAAAGAGAAAUAUUUUCAUCUCACAGAAUUGCAACUCCCACAUAGAUGCGUCCGCCUGCCACGCCUUUCUCUAACGCAGAAAGACUCGUGACAUUUUCAUCAAAAUCUAUAAAACAUAAUAUCGAAACUAAAGAAAAAAAAAAAUAAAAAUAAUAACAGUAAUUCUACAACAAAACAAAAAUUCAUUGUUACAUUAAAUAAAAAUAAUAAUUUGUUUAGAUGUCUAGUUCAAUCUAAGGAUUAUUGUACUCUAAAUAAUAUACAGAAAGUAAGUGUAAAUGUAGCUAUUAAAAAUAGAGAUAAAAAAAUCUAUUUAAAAAAUAAGUUAUAAAAAAAUUAUAUAAAUAUAUAUUAAAUAUCGUUACAUUGAUCGAAUAUUUGUAUGUACAAGUUAAGCAUAUUAAAUUUUAAGUGGACGGGUAUAUUUCAUAAAUAUAUAUUUGUUUACGCGUUCGUGCCAAUUUGCAUCGCCAAUUUCAUGUAAAGAGUCUAAAAAAAUUCACGUAAAAAAAAAUAAAUAGAUAUAUAAAUUACAAGUGAAUAAAUACUAGAUAUGUAUUAGAAUUAAAAAUACAUUAGAAAUGCAGCGAGUAUAAGCGAGAUGAUGGUGCCAAAACUGAGAUAUUACUUCUAUUGUAUGUUAACAAUGUUACUUUUAUAUUUCUGAAAUUUAUGUAUAUGUUAAAAGUGCAUUAACUGCACAUUAAAAAAAAAAACAGGAUUUGCGUGGACGUAUUAAUAUAAUAGAUAAUACAAAAAAACAAAUAUUCACGUGAGCUUGUGUAAUGAUAUUAUUAUUAUAAGGAUAAAAAAAAAAUUAUCAAUUUUAUUUGUUACUUUUUAUGUGAAAUAAUUAAUUAAUUAAUUCUAGUCAUUCUCGAUGCAAUAUUUCAUGUCUUGUGAUAGUCGAUAAAUCUAUUAAAAUAUAAAGAAACGAAUCUUAUUGCACUAAUUGUGAAAAAUGGAACAGGGUUUUACCGACUAAAUCUAUUUAAAUUAUGUCUUACUAUUUCUUGGCACUUUAACUUGAUUUUCUCUUUCGCUUCGUCUUUCUUCAACAGCCAUCCGUCCAACUUUUCGGCUGUUAAUGUUUAUACUAAAUUCAAUUAAACAAGUCAUAUAAAAUGUUUCUUUAAUGAGAAACCAAGCAUCGAGAAUUAUGAUGAUAAAUUGUUUUCCUCGCGGGCGAGAUAAUUGUGUUUAAAAUUAUUUGAUAUUCAUUAAUUUGAAUUAUAGUAACAAUAAUUGUAAUUAUUGAUGAGUGAAAGUGUGUAAUUAGUCUCUUCAAAUACAAGAGUAAUAUUUCACACACAAAAAUUAUGAUAUUAUUAAAUAAUAUAUACGCUUGUAUAAGUGACGUAUCUGAAUAAUUUUCAAUUCUACUUAUAUAUUGAUGCAUUAUUAUUCCUGAUAUGGAAACUAUUCGAAUUUUCUAUCAAAAACGUAUGUUGUAUAUCUUACAGCAUAUGGACACAUAUUCUAAUAAAAAUCGAGUUAUUGAACUCGUUGACUAUAUAUAAAAUUCCAUUGGUUUGUAUGAAAAGUGUGUGGUUAUAACUUAAAAAUAAAAACAAAUAUACACCUAUUUCCAAUAUAAGACCAAAAUUUGUCAAUGGUCCUUUUAGGACUUAUUCCUAGUGCAUACAUAAUUACGAUCUGGCAGCGAAUUGUCAAAUUUUGAAAUAAUCUCGAGCGAUUUAUGACAAAUAUACUGUGCGUAAAAUAUAAAUUUUAUAAACUGCGUGAUAAAUGAAUAUAAAAAAAGAUUGGUAUAUGUUGUUGUAAAUAAUAAAUAGAAUGUACGUUGUA